AGGAGCUGUGGACUCUCCUGCUCUCCUUAAAUAGUCAAGCCUUCCUCCUACAGCUACGAGGAGUCCACCUGGAGCACCACCUAGAGCACCCUCUGGAGCACCACCCACGGCCAGCUCACAGCUUACCUGCUUCCCCCCAGUCUCCUGUCCUUUCCUUCCUGGGUCAUCUGCAAGAGCCACAAGAUGACCGGUCUGGAGGCAGCCCUACCGAGUCUGACUGACAACUCCUCCCUGGCUUACUCUGAGCAAUGCGGACAAGAGACCCCCCUGGAGAACAUGCUCUUUGCCUGCUUCUACCUUCUGGACUUCAUCCUCGCUUUUGUGGGCAAUGCUCUAGCCCUGUGGCUUUUCAUAUGGGACCACAAGUCAGGCACUCCGGCCAAUGUCUUCCUCAUGCACCUGGCUGUGGCCGACCUGUCCUGCGUGUUGGUCCUGCCUACCCGGUUGGUUUAUCACUUCUCUGGGAAUCACUGGCCAUUUGGGGAGAUCCCAUGCCGACUCACUGGCUUCCUCUUCUAUCUGAACAUGUAUGCUAGCAUCUACUUCCUCACCUGCAUCAGCGCUGACCGGUUCCUGGCCAUUGUGCACCCUGUCAAGUCCCUCAAGCUUCGAAGACCUCUCUAUGCUCACCUGGCCUGCGCCUUCCUGUGGAUCGUGGUGGCUGUGGCUAUGGCCCCACUGCUAGUCAGCCCACAGACAGUGCAGACCAACCACACAGUUGUCUGCCUGCAACUGUACCGGGAGAAGGCCUCCCAUCAUGCCCUGGCAUCCCUGGCUGUGGCUUUUACCUUCCCAUUCAUCACCACGGUCACCUGCUACCUGCUGAUCAUUCGCAGCCUGCGCCAGGGUCCCCGUAUAGAGAAGCACCUCAAGAAUAAAGCCGUCCGCAUGAUUGCUAUGGUUCUGGCCAUCUUCCUGAUUUGUUUUGUGCCCUACCACAUCCACCGUUCAGUCUAUGUGCUUCACUACCGUGGUGGUGGGACUUCGUGCGCUGCUCAGCGUGCCCUGGCCCUGGGGAACCGGAUCACCUCCUGCCUCACCAGCCUCAAUGGGGCCCUGGAUCCUGUCAUGUACUUCUUUGUGGCUGAGAAGUUCCGCCACGCCUUGUGCAACUUGCUCUGCAGCAAACGGCUCACAGGUCCACCUCCCAGCUUCGAAGGGAAAACCAACGAGAGCUCUCUGAGUGCCCGAUCCGAGCUGUGAGACUCUGGGAGGUCCUGUCACCAGGCCAGCUGUAGGCUGGUGCAGGAAGACCAGCUAUCAGCUGGGGCACAUGCUACCAGAGUCAGCUAAAGAAGUCUAUCUUCCUUCACUAUUCCUGAGCAAACAAACGGAAACGUCGGGAGUUCUCACCCUGCUCCAAGGCCUCAACUGCAAGGCCAUCCAGUCUGAGCAAAUCCAUCAAGAGGCAGGACUAACUACAAGGAUGCCCUGCCCACCCCUCCACAGGACUGGGUUGGCCUGGCUUCUUUCUGUACAGCUCCCAGACACUCAGUGACUUCACUGGUGCUAAAUAGGGAAGAGAGCCACAGGGACAUUUCUGGAACAAUGGGAAUCUUUCUUCUCUAAUAAAUUUCUAGCUUCUUUCAUACUACAGAUGCCCACAGAAACAAAGCCCUACAGAAUAUCCCAGAAAGCAAGCUGCCCAAGGUCUGGGAGAAGAGGCAGCACAAAUGUCAAUGGAACUAGAUGGAUAUUUAAUAUUUCCUUUGAAGUGUAUGGUAUAUCGAAUAUUGCUUAAGAUGCCUUUGCCUCAUAAUCUCUGCCUGAGUUUAGGGGACACAGACUCUAGUGAUAGCUACAUGUGAGUAUAAUUCAGACUGGUUGCUUGUGAACCCAGAAAUUAUAGUUCUGGGCUCAGCUCCUCCUGUUGAUAGAGGGGGCAAAGACCCAGACAAGAAGGUCAGUCUCGUGAGAAGCUGGAGGGUCUCUGGAAGCCAGCACACCAUGUCCCCACACCAGCCUCAAGCCUGGGACUGUUCAGAGCUUGUCAUUAGAAUGUGGCCUAGUCAGGCAUAUGGCAUGGAUGGACAGACAUUAGAGCCCAGGCAGAGAGCCUGGUGUGAGAACUUGUCUCCACCUACACCCAGAAGGGACAUCCUGAGCCCCACUCCCUCCCAAGAGGCUUCUGCCACCCUGGCUGCCUGGCUCUGAGCUGUUGAACAUGUCAGCAUGUGGUGACCACUCUAAUGUACUUGAUAGUGAUGCUCUUAAACAUAACUGAGUCUUAAGAUGAAGGAAAUCAUCGUGCUGGUCCAACAUGGCACAUGAUGUUCUCCCCUGAAAUCCUCGUCCUUUCCACCCAAGAAUGGCCAAGUAGGGCAACAUCUCCCUGGUUGUGGUUCUAGUGGCCUUGUGACAUGUCUGUCCAGGCAUGUGCGUUAAGGGGGCUCUCAAACGGAUCCCUCUAGCUGCACUCUGCCUUUCACUAGAGAAACCCUAAGAUGCCCCUGAUGCUCAGCACUGCUUCUAUCUGGUGCUGGUCUGUCCACCCCCAUGGCCACAACAACCUGCGGAGUACAAGACCGUGCCAGCCAGGAUCAGCUCGGGACCAUGUGCCUCUUCAACAGAAGAGCAAAGGGACAAGAUUACCACAGUCUGUGACAGGAGGGACAGAGGGGGCAAAGACCCAGACAGGAAGGACAGUCUUGUGGAAAACUGAAGAGUCUCUGGAAAUCAGCACUGCCUUUCCUGACACAGGGGAUGCAGAAGCAGACUUGAGUCAGAGGAGGAGAAAUUUGCAGCUCUAUUUGGGACCUGUUACAUUAGAAUCUUAAACAGAGAUGCCACACUGGUAGGAGACUUGAGCAAAGGAGAGAUCUGGAGGGGAUACCUGGAUUGUCUGGAUGUAUCAUUGAGAGGCCCAAGACUUCAUCCUCAAAGGCUGACAUGGAUAUGGGGCCCAAAGAACAUCUCUGUGCCAAGGGAGAGGCUGAGGGAAACUAGCCCAACACAGAAAUCUCACUGAAAGAGGAGGGCUCUGCUGUGAGGGCACUCGAAGGUCAAGGGGAGGACCUGGUGAUACCCAGGCUUGACCUGAGUCGUUGAGAAGCUGUGCUGGGGAGGGCUUCAGGGCACAAAGGCAUUGCUGGGUGCUCCCCCCAAAGCUUUCCCAAGCAGGCGGGAGAUAAGCUCACAGCUGCUGGGGAGGUAUAGAGCCCACAGUGAGGGAGGCAGGGGUGAGAAGAAAGAGUAAGGCCUCCUGGAAGGGGAACUGGCAGAGUACCAGUGAGGCUUACAGUCCUGAAUUUGGAGUAAAUUGGGCAACCUGGUCCAGCCAUGUGAAUGCUGGGAGGAAGGCAGACAGAUUGGGUCAGGAUGGUGCAGUAGUGGCGGGUGGGAUGUCAUGAGUAAUUGGGAUUCGCCAACUUAAAACUCCUCAUCCAUCCAUUGCCACUUAAAGCCCUUCAAGCCUUCUGUCCCCCAAAGACCACCCCUUGCCCAGAGGGAGCUGUCUGUCCUUACUCUCUUGCCUCCACCCUUAUCCAUCCCCUGGGGGCUGUGUUCUCCAUCUAGCAGGGGUAGGACAAAGCCCACAACCAGAUCAGUUGAGGAUGCCACAGAGCCUACUGGGGAAGACCACAGCUCUUAGAGUAGGGACAAGGGGUCCUCCUCUCUGCCCACGACUGCAGCUGGCUCACCUGCCUGCGUUCUUCACAAAGCCCAGGUCAGCCAGCUCCACGUCACACAACUCACAGCGGAAGCAGCCAGGAUGCCAGUUGGCGUUCAUGGCCUUGAUCACACGGCCAAUGACAAAUUCACCUGCAAGAGGAGAGACCUCAGCUGUCAGGGCGCGCGCCCCACCCUUCAGCUCCCAUGGUCUUCGUACCCAGUGUUCCUCCCGGUCCACCCUUGUCCAAGUACCCCUCUUUUAGGGGCCUGAAGACAAUGCUCAGGACGCCAGGAAAAGUCCCCAGGCCAAGGAACUUCAGUACUGGCUGUUACCCCACUGGUCCCCGUCCCGCUUGCUAAGUGCUGUCACCAGCUCUUACCACAGAAUCCGCAGCACGGAGCAAAUAGCAUUUGGAAGUCAUGUUCACAGUACUUCCGGCCCUCAAACUGCAAAUGGGAGCCACAGAAAAAAAGAUACAUGAGUCAUUCAACAUCUCUGUAAGCCUUGCCCCCCCCCAAUAAAUAGCAGGGGUCUGAGGUCCUGAGAAGGGAGGCUUCCAAAGCUGGAGUGGAGGUCUAGCCCAUGCGAUUUAGCAGAGUGCAAAGUGGGGGUUUCACAGAGAUACUGGGGGUCCGAGCCAGCUUUUGGGGAUUCUGCUGUCUGCUGAGGGAGAGGGGACCUGUGGGUCCUGACAACAGGCCAUGCUGAGGUGGGAGUGGGGCUGGGGGAGGAUGGGUCAAAUCUUGAGUUAUACGACGACGUGCUUUGUCCUCUGUGUAUGACCAGCUCAGUCCCUCCAGGGACUACAAAAGACCCAAAGAGGGAAGAUGGAAGAAAGAAUUCCUCAGGGAGGGGAAUUGGGAGUGACAGCAGCGCUUCAGUCAGCCACCAUCUUGUACUGCCCCAAGUCCAACUGAAGCUUGCCUCGCCUUUCCCUCCCUUAAAGAUUUGCUUUCUUAAGCAAAGUCUGGGAUGUAGCUCAGUUUGUAGAGUGCUUGCCUACCAUUCACAGAAGUCUUGGUUGGGUUCACAGAACUGUGUAAACAGGGUACAGCAGUGCAUAUCUGUAACCUCAGCAGGGGAGGAUGGAGGCAGGAUGCACCGGAAGUUCAAAGUCAUCUUUGAUAACUUCCUUCCCCUAAAGCCACAUGCAGCUCUCCACUGUGAGCCAGAGGCAGCAACAUCUCCCAAACACCUACUGUGCUAGGCUUGGUUGUGGUCUAAAAGCCCUGGCAGAGCUCUGCCCAACCCUGAUGCCUCUCCAGCCAGCAUCUCUCAGGAGCCUGGAAUGUGACAGGAGAUCCUCAUCUAACUCCAUUUCCACAUCAGUCAAUCAGUGAUGCAAACAGCUCACAGGAGAGCCCAGUCCCCUUGAGCUCUGGUCCCCCUCCACUGCAGCCCAGUGGAAUGACAGCCAGUGUUUAACCAGUCCUUGCUUCUGGGUCUGCCAGAUGCUGGGGUGUAAAUCUUACUGCUAGACUGAUGUCACCACACAGACAAAUAAUCUCUGAUGCAUAAACGUGAAAGUCUAACAAAUAAUGGGAAGUCGGAUGUCUUAUAUACUUGUUAUCAUUUUUAAUAAAGUAUUAUAUGUAUAUUGGUAUGGUUUA